AUGGAAAAGGAAGCAAGCGAACCGCCUACUUGCCACACCCAAUCGACUCAAAAUGCAAAUGCGGGGACGGAAAGCGGAGAUCUCGCAGACGUUGACUAUUCAGUCUUCACAGUCAGUCAGCGCAGAUAUAUCGUCUUCAUGGCCUCUUGGGCGGGGUUCUUCUCGCCUGUCUCUUCUCAGAUCUACUUUCCCGCUCUGAACACUCUAGCAAAAGAUCUGCAUGUGUCGAAUUCGUUGAUCAAUUUGACCUUGACAAGUUAUAUGAUCUUCCAGGGGCUGUCGCCCAUGUUUAUUGGUGACUUUGCGGACAAGGCUGGACGACGCCCAGCAUACAUCGUGUGUUUUACUAUCUAUAUCGCAGCCAAUAUUGGACUUGCGCUGCAAGACAAUUAUGCAGCUCUAUUUGUUCUCCGAUGCCUGCAAAGCGCAGGAAGUAGCACGACUAUCGCCCUUUCAUCUGGGGUGGUCUCUGAUGUAGCCACUGCAGCACAGCGAGGGUCCUACAUGGGAUUCGUCAUGGCAGGGUCUCUCAUGGGCCCUUCAGUCGGGCCCGUUAUUGGAGGCCUACUAUCCCAAUACCUGGGCUGGCGGGCUAUCUUCUGGUUCCUAACCAUCUUUGCAGGGGCUUUCAUGGUUCCCUUUUUGGUCUUCUUCCCGGAGACCGCUCGUGGUAUUGUUGGCGAUGGAUCAUUGCCUCCCCAAAAAUGGAAUAUGUCCCUGAUCAGCUACCUGAAGUCCCGGAAGGCUCACGAGGAAGGCGUCGCAUCUCCAGCCAUUGUAUCCAAGCAGAAGCUCAAGUUUCCCAACCCUUUCGAGACACUUGCCAUUGUUUUCCAGAAGGACACUAGCCUCAUUCUCUUCUGUAAUGCUAUACUUUUUGCUGGGUUCUACGACGUGAGCGCAAGCAUUCCGGCUAUUUACAACGAGCUCUACGGGCUGGAUGAUCUCCAAGUCGGUCUCUGCUAUAUUCCAUUUGGUCUGGGUGCAACUAUUGCCUCUGUUGUCAAUGGCAAAUUCCUGGACUACAACUACCGCCGACUCGCAAAGCAAUUGAAUUUCCCACUAACUAAGAACCGGCACACUGAUUUACGCAACUUUCCUAUUGAAAAAGCUCGUCUUCAGAUUGCGUUUCCCCUUCUCGUACUAGGAGGCAUCUGUGUUCUUGUGUUUGGCUGGUUCUUGAACUAUGGGAUUCAUCUUGCCGCGCCGACUUGUAUUCUGUUCCUUCUGGGACUGACAUUGACUGGCGCAUUCAAUACUAUCAGCACGCUCCUGGUGGACCUAUACCCAACACAGGCGGCCAAGGCUACUGCUGCGAACAAUUUCGGCCGUUGCUUACUGGGGGCGGGGGCGACAGCGCUCAUCGAUCCUAUGCUUUCUGCCAUGGGUCGAGGUUGGUGUUUCACAUUCAUCGCGUUAGUGAUGAUGGCUACGACGCCGUUGCUCUUGAUCGUGAUUCAGAGGGGUCCGGAUUGGCGCGAGGAGCGUCGUUUGAGGGAGGAAGCCAAGCGUGUUGGUGCCAGUAAUAUCCAGGCCAGCCAGAAGUGA